CUUUGCUGCCUGCCUCAGCCUGUCCGGCAGCGCUGUCCCAAAAUCCCUGCCCCAGGCGCCUGUGCGCGCAGCCCGGCGUUCGCGUGAUCUGCCCCGCGAGGCCCGAGAUGAGAAGCCGGGCCUUUGCCUGCCCAGGGCAGGCGUGGCAGAAUGGUCUUGGGUGGGCUCCCAUGGCCCCGCUUGGGAGAGCAGGGGGUCCCCAGGACCCCUCUGACUCAGUGCAGCCACUCGUGGGCACUUGGGGUACAUGGCUGUUGGAGUGCAGCCCUGUGCCAGAUGGGCACAGCUCCAUGAGGUGGCCAGUGGGGUGACCCUGGUGGUGGACACUGCCUGACCCAGGGGGCCAUGAGCAGGAGGUGACACUCCUGUGGUUGUGCAGGUGGCGAUGGCUCAUGGGUGGGCACAGGAGCAGCCCUGGAGGCUGCAGCAGCCAGGUCCCACAGCUCCUGCCCCAGCACUCCCCCGGCAGCCCUCACAGCCGAACAGGGUUGCAGAACCUGACCCUGUGGGGCCUGGGACCCUCACCCCUCAUCUAGGCCCAGUUAAAACCCAGGGAACAGAGAGGAUCUGGGCUGGUUGGAGCCUUCAUGGACCUUCCCAUGCCUGUGGCUUGUCUGGGGCACAGGCACCACAUGUGUCUGAGUCCCCUGUCCUUCAGAGGUCCUGGAGCACCAAAGCUGAGCAGUGCACCACCUGUGUCCUUGUGUCCUUUCCCUUUGUCUUCAGCCCCUGCCUGGCCUGCAGGGAGAGCACUCCACAGUGGGCAGCCUUCAUCUACUACCUCCCCUUCAUUGUCAUCUUCCAGUUUGGCUGGGCAGCCACACAGGUGUCCCACCUGGCCCUCAUCCCCGAGCUGGUGAGCAGUGACCAUGGGAAGGUGGAGCUUACGGCCUUCAGGUAUGCCUUCACUGUCAUGGCAAACAUCACCGUGUAUGGCCUGACCUGGCUCCUGCUGAACUUCCAGACAGACCAGCCUGACCACAUGGAGCACCUGGGCCCACAGGACAUCCCUGUGUUUCGGAACUUGGCCCUCAUCGUGGUGGGGCUGGGGGCCGUCUUCACCCUUAUCUUCCACCUGGGCACCAAGGAGAAAACGAACCUACUGGGGGUGCUGCCCGAGCCAGAGGAGAGCACCCUGCUGUUGCACAAGGAGCCCCCGGGCCCCCCACGCCCGCUGCUGCUCUGGAAGGACUGGCUGCUGGAGCCCUCCUUCUACCAGGUUGCAGUGCUCUACAUGGCCACCCGCCUCAUCGUCAACCUGUCCCAGACCUACAUCGCCAUGUACCUGACCAACUCGCUGCUGCUCUCCAAGAAUUACAUUGCCACAAUUCCCCUAGUGAUGUACGUCAGUGGGUUCCUCUCCUCAUUCCUCAUGAAGCCUGUGAACAAGUGGAUUGGUCGGAAUCUGACUUACUUUGUGGGCAUCCUGGUGGUCCUGGCCUUUGCCUCCUGGGUGGCCCUGGCCAGGCCAAUAGGAGAUGAGAUCUACGGGCUGGCAGUGCUGCUCGGGGCCGGCUCAGCCACCAUCCUGGUCACCUCACUGUCUAUGACUGCAGAUCUCAUCGGCACCAACACGCACAGCAGCGCGUUUGUCUACGGUGCCAUGAGCUUCACGGACAAGAUGGCCAAUGGCCUGGCUGUGAUGGUGAUCCAGAACUUGCACCCCUGCCCGACCGAGCUGUGCUGCCCUGCCUGUGUUGACUUCUACCGCUGGGUGAUGGUGCUGGUCACUGGUGGCAUCGCUGUCGCCGCUGUCACCACCCUCUGCUCCAUCAUGGUGUGGCCCAUCCGGAUCCGCUGCCGUGCUGUUGGCUUGCAGGGGCUGAGCAGCGCAAGGACCCCUGAAAGUGGCACUGGGAGCACUGAGGGGGAGAGCCAGAGCACCGUCAACUGAAUGGGGCUGUGUCCUUGGCCACCGUGUCUUCAGGGCUGUGUCCUGGCCACCACGUCCUGGGCCACCAUGGUGCCGCACUCUGAGUCUGGAGGGUCCUCUGCACUGGGGGCUACUGGGCUCUGGGGAGGGGGUGAUCCCACCCCAUCUCCUUGCACUGGACUUGUACUCCCACCCUGACCUCAUGUCCCCAUCCUGGACUCUGGUGUCCCAUGAAGGCUGUCGCCAGUACGGUGUCACCGGUGCAGGGUCACUUGUCACCUCUCACCUGCACAAUGAACACUAGAAGGGCCUAGGCCAGGCCGGGGCGGCCCCAGAAGAGGGGAGCGCUCGGCCCGAGAUUUUAACCUGCUUUUGUAAGGUCAAUAUAUACAAAUGGCACUUUAUAAAGGAGGAAAAAAAGGCGAGAAAAAAAACAA